AAAGGUCACCAUGUCCACUCCUUCAUCCGUAUCUUCCAGUUCCUACUCGGCCGCCAAAUCUCGGCUUGCUUCUCUCGCCUCACACAUCAUGGGCUCCUCAUCAGCUUCCCCGGUCUUCUCGACCGCUGUUGUCCCGUCGGCGCCAGAGGAUCCGCUCUUUGGUCUCGCGCAGGCUUAUCGCCAGGACCCCUCAGACAAGAAGGUCGAUCUAGUCAUUGGUGCUUAUCGCGACGAUAAUGCGAAACCCUGGGUUUUGCCUGUUGUCAAGAAGGCAGAUGAGCUCAUCCGCAACGACCCCAACCUUAACCACGAAUACCUCCCAAUCAAAGGCCUCGCUGAAUAUACAACCGCCGCCCAGAAACUCAUCAUCGGCGCCGACUCGCCCGCCAUCGCGGAGAACCGUGUCUGCACAUUCCAGACCAUCUCCGGCACAGGCGCCGUCCAUCUAGGCGCGCUCUUCCUCGCCCGCUUCCACCCCGCAACCCCCAAACCGACCCUCUACCUCUCCAGCCCGACCUGGGCAAACCACCACCAGAUCUUCACAAAUGUCGGCUUCACGCUUGCGAACUACCCGUACUUCUCGCCGCAGACGAAAGGCCUCGAUUUCGACGGCAUGAUCAACGCGUUGCGCUCCGCGCCCGCCGGGUCGAUCAUCCUCCUCCAUGCCUGCGCCCACAACCCCACGGGCGUGGAUCUCACCCAGGAGCAGUGGAAGGAAGUUGCCGUGGUCAUGCGCGACCGCUCGCAUUUCCCCUUUUUUGACUGCGCAUACCAGGGUUUCGCAUCGGGCGAUCUGGCGCGUGACGCCUGGGCGAUCCGGUAUUUCGUCGAGCAAGGGUUCGAGCUCUGCAUCGCGCAGUCCUUCGCCAAGAACUUUGGCUUGUACGGUGAGCGCACGGGCGCCUUUCAUUUCGUUUCCGCGCCGGGCCCGGAAGCCGCUCAGUCCUCGGCACAUGUCGCCUCGCAGCUGGCCAUUCUGCAACGCUCUGAGAUCUCGAACCCGCCUGCGUACGGUGCGCGGAUUGCGAGUAAAGUGCUCAAUGACCCUGAGCUGUUUGCGCAAUGGGAGGACGAUCUGCGAACGAUGAGUGGGCGGAUCGUCGAGAUGAGGAAGGGGCUCAGGCAGCGCCUUGAGGAGAAGAAGACACCCGGCUCGUGGAACCAUAUUACCGACCAGAUCGGCAUGUUUAGCUUUACGGGGCUCAGUGAGGCACAGGUUAAGGUGCUGCGUGAGAAGUGGCAUGUCUAUAUGACCAAGAACGGUCGCAUCUCCAUGGCUGGUCUCAACUCCCAUAACCUGGAUUACUUUGCCGAGGCGGUUGAUAGCGUUGUGAGGGAGACAUCGUGAUCUUCCUAUCCACCUAUUACGAACAUACACCUAAUCCUCUCAUCGCAUCCCUUCAUCUUUUCUACUCAUGUACUCCAGUCAUCGCACUUAUCGUGCCUCACCAUUUGCUUUUGGCAUCUGUUUCACAUAUUCCCCUCUAAAGUUACAUGCUCAGUUCACCUGAAUAGGUACUGAAGUCUCGGGUUGCUCGGUCGGUUUUUAUUAUUUCGGUUCUUCGACGCCUAGUCCGAGGGCGGUUUAAUUCGGCUUGCUUGGUUGGUAAUACACCAGGUAGAUAAAAUAAACAUGCUUGUCUUGUCU